CUACGGCUCUAUUUGGGUGUACAAAGCAAAAUCGUUACACACAAAUAAAUACAUCACUAACAAUUAAGCAGCGGGAAGUGCAUGGUUUCAUUUUUACGACAAUCUACUGGCUGAGGACACAACAGGGGACAUGGCAGUCUUAAAAUUAAAGAAAUUCACAAUGGAAGAGUCCGCAAACAUGGAGGAACACCGGACUCACUACUACAACACCAGCAGCCUGGUACUGAGAAGAGGACAGUCAUUUAGAGUAACACUGCACUUUAACAGACCUAUGCAGAAAAGAGAGAAGGUGUUUUUCACUGCAGCUACAGGACCAGAACCCCAGGAAUCUGAUCAGACCAUGGCUUACUUUCAACUCUUAGACUCUAAGACUGAGGGUUCCUGGUCAGCAUUUCUAGAUUCUAAGUCAUCUGAAGACGUGAACGUCACCAUCAACAGUCCUGCUGAUGCUGUCAUUGGUCGUUACAAACUCAGCAUUUGCAUCUAUUCCAAAAGAAAGAGGGGAUAUUUUAAAUUGCAUGAUAUAAUACUCCUAUUUAAUCCAUGGGCUCCAGACGAUGCAGUAUUUAUGGAGGAUGAAAGCGAAAGACAAGAAUAUGUUUUGAAUGACAGUGGCAUCAUGUACUUUGGACAUGAAGAGUUUAUUGAAAAUGAAGGAUGGAACUUUGGACAAUUUGAGGAAGGCAUUCUGGACAUCUGUCUAUUAGUACUAGAUAAAAGCUUACAACACCAAAGUGAUCCAGCCUUGGACUGCUCCCAGAGAAAUGACCCUGGUUACGUGGGUAGGGUUGUAAGUUCUAUGAUAAACAGCAAUGAUGACGAUGGUGUGUUGGAAGGAAGAUGGUCUGGAAAAUUCUGGUUUGGAACCGACCCCCAAAUGUGGAUUGGAAGUGUGGAAAUACUUACAAGGUGGCAAAAAAAAGGUUUUAAGCCGGUUAAAUAUGGACAAUGCUGGGUGUUUGCCGGUGUCAUGUGCACAGUGCUCCGGGGUUUGGGAAUUCCAACCAGAGUGGUCACAAACUUUGCCUCAGCUCAUGAUAAGGAGGGAAAUUUGAGUGUUGACAAUAUUUAUACCGUAAGCGGGAAAAAAAUGAGCAAAGACUCCAUGUGGAAUUACCAUGUUUGGAACGAGAGCUGGUUCACCAGACCUGACUUAGGCCCGGCCUACGGAGGGUGGCAAGUGCUGGACGCAACACCCCAAGAAUUAAGCGAAGAAAUCUAUUGUUGUGGUCCUGCCUCGGUCCACGCAAUCAAAGGAGGAGAACUGCAUCUUGGCUACGAUACCCAGUUUGUAUUUUCUGAAGUGAAUGCAGACCAAUACACCUGGAUUUACUACGAUAAAGGCUUGAAAGAGAAGGUGUACUCCAAUAGCGCACAUGUAGGGAAAAGCAUCAGCACGAAAGCCGUGGGUAGCGAUGAACGUGUGGACAUUACAGAAAACUAUAAAUACCCAGAAGGAUCUGAUGAAGAAAGAUCAGUUUACACAAAAGCAUGCAUGAAGCUGCUUGAACUUGGAAUUUUAACAGAAGACAACUUAAAAGAAAGAGGCAUCUUGGGAAAAUCCAGCAGGGGUAGAGCUGAGGAUGAAGAUCUCACUGGGGAGAUCACUGGGAAAUUCAAGUUAGUCUCAUCCCCAGAAUUUGGACAGGAUGUUAACCUCAUUCUGGUAUUAAAGAAUUCUAGUACAAAGAGUGAAUCUGUGCGUGUAAAGUUAAGUUCAUCUUCCAUAGAGUAUACUGGAAAACCAAGAGCAGAAAUCUUCAAGAAUACAACAUCUGUUACUAUUGCACCCACGGAAGAAACACAGAUUCCGGUAAACAUACCUGCCGGUGAUUAUGAGGAGGAAUUGACACAAGAUAAUCUUAUUGAAGUUGCUGCUUUGUGUGUAUUAAAAUCGAAAAAGAAGCUGCUGGUACGCAGGGUGGUAUCUAUAGAAAAGCCUCCCGUAGAAAUUAAGAUCCUCGGUUAUCCUGUGGUGGAUGAGCCUUUGGAAUUGAUGAUCAACUAUAAAAAUCCUCUCUCUGAGUGGCUAAAAGAUGGGGUCCUUGUAUUAGAAGGAAGCGGCUUGGUCGAGAAACAGAUCAAGAAAAAGGUACCAAAGUUGGAGCCUAAAGGGAUUGGUAGCAUCAGACUGGAAAUUACACCUUAUCGAAGUGGCGACAAGCAGUUGGUCGUGGAUUUUGCUUCCAAAUAUUUUCCUGUCAUUAAAGGAUUCCAAAGCGUAUAUGUGGAAAAUGUUCCAGAUGCCAUGGAGAUGGCUGGAAAAGGAUUCCAUCAGUGUAAGCAGGACCCUUUGGGUACCAGGAAGGAGGACAGGGAAAAUCAGUGUGGGAAGCAAAAUCGCAAAAUUACAUUUAAGCAUCCAGCUUUGAUCAGUGAUGCUCUUGAGCCCUCGUCCUCUGUGGCUCUCUAUAUCCUUCUCCUUAUGGGAGGAAAGGGGAAUUGGCUGCAACUGAAAAGCGUGAAUCUUAACUUGGUAGAAAACAAGGCUGCGCAUCACACUAGUGAUUACAUGAGCGACGAGCUCAUCCUGAGAAGGAAGCAGGCGUUUCAGAUCAACCUGAACUUUAACAGGGCUCUGGAAUCUGAGGAUGGCAUCGCCUUCAUAGUAGAACGAGGAAAUUCACCCCAGGUGGAAAACCGAACAAAGGCUAAGUUUUUCCUGUCUUCGUCUGUGGAUACUGUUGACCUGUGGAGUGCCACCGCUGAUUCAACUGGUUCAAGUUCCUUGCUGGUAACUUUCAUAAGCCCAGUGAAUGUCCCCAUCGGUCGGUACAAGCUCAGGGUGCAGCUUUUCUCAGAAAACAUUUCUUCUCAUCUAAUUGGAGAAUUCAUACUACUCUUCAAUCCAUGGGAAUCUGAGGAUGAUGUUUACCUGGAUAAUGAAGAAGAAAGAAUAGAAUACAUAUUAAGUGACAAUACCAUCUUGUAUUAUGGAGACGAUACUUACAUUGGAGAGCAAGGAUGGAACCUGGGACAAUUUGAAGAAGGAAUCUUGGAUAUUUGCUUAACGCUACUGGAAAAGAACUCCUUAGUGGACAAUUCACUCCUCCAUGAUCCAAAGCAUGUGGGGAGAAUAUGUAGUGCAAUGAUUAAUAGUAAUGAUGACAAUGGUGUUGUUGUUGGCAACUGGAGUGGGCAAUAUGAUGGAGGCGUAAGUCCAGUAAGCUGGACAGGAAGUGUUCAGAUUAUGAAGAAAUGGAUAACAUCUGGACCAGUGCGUUACGGGCAGUGUUGGGUCUUUGCAGGGGUGCUUUGUACAGUACUGAGAUGUUUGGGAAUUCCAACUCGUAUUGUUACAAAUUUUUCCUCUGCUCAUGACACCAAUGCCAACCUUAGCAUUGACUCGUACUUCGAUGAAGAAGGGAACAGUCUGAAGGGAAAUGACAGCAUUUGGAAUUUUCACGUCUGGAACGAGGUUUGGCUUACUAGAAAAGAUCUUGGCCACUCUUAUGACGGAUGGCAAGCUUUAGAUGCUACACCACAAGAGAGAAGUGACGGAGUUUUUAGGCUUGGGCCUACAUCUGUUAAAGCUGUUAAGGAAGGAGAGAUUUUGCUGAAGUAUGAUGGUGCCUUUGUAUUUUCUGAGGUUAAUGCUGACGUUGCUGCAUGGGUUUACAACGAGGACGAAAAAAAGUUUGAACAAAUUCACACAGACAGUUAUUCCAUAGGGAAGUUUACAAGCACCAAAGCUGUUGGUACCGAUGACCGUAUAGACAUCACAAAUCAUUACAAAUAUGAAGAAGGAAGCGAUAAAGAGAGAGAGGUUUAUUAUAAAGCAUUUCUCCAGCUGUUUGGAUGGACCACAUUUAAUGAUGAAACAAGCAGAAUGAUUACUCCUGUCACGUCAGGCAUUGCUAGAAGACCAGCCCGAAAGCCAGCUAUUAGACCCAAAGUAUCUGGAAAACUCAAGAGCAUUGAUUCUCCUUUUGUUGGCGAGGAUAUCAAAAUAAUUUUGUCGAUUUCUAACUCAACCUCAUCUGACAAAGCCGUGAAGAUUAAGUUAAAUGUGACCGCUACCAGUUAUACCAGAAAAAUAAUGAGAAAAUUCAUGAAUGAAUUCAGAUCCCUUACUCUGCGUCCUAUAGAAGAAAAAGAAAUACCAUUUGACAUCCCUUACAGCCAGUAUGCGAGAGCCCUUACUGAUGACAAUGUGGUUGAAGUGACAGCCUUGUGUGAAGUUGAUAUGGAAGAAAAACUACUUAUUUCUAAAAGCAUCACAUUGAAACGUCCAAGGGUCAAUAUCAAGGUUCUGAAUGAGGCUAUAAUAAACAAACAAUUACAUGUGGAAGUGACAUUUACUAACCCUCUGUCUGAGGACCUUGUGGACUGCAAACUGCAUGCUGAGGGCAGUGGUUUGAUUAAAGAGCAGCUCAUGAAGUUAACAUCCUUGAAGCCAAAAGAGGAAACAAGCAUCGCGCUGGAGUUAAUCCCCUACACAAAAGGAUCAAAGCAACUACAGAUUAUGAUUCAGUGCGGCAGAUUCUUAACAAUGAAAGGGUACAAGGUCAUUAAUGUCAAAGGAUCCUAA